CUUUUCCUCUCUCUCUCUCUCUCUCUCUCUCUCUCUCUCCCUAUUUUCGUGUUGGGGGCAGUCGAUGCUAGGGUUUGUCUCAGAGGUUCGUGAGGGUCAAAGAGAGGGUUCCUUCCUCAAAUGCUCUCUCCCUUCCACAGUCUCUCACUCGUCGUCUCUCUUUACAUGUCUUCAAUCGACCCCUUCCUUCUCUUUCCUUCAGGGCCUCUCAAAACCCUGAUUCUUGCUUCCUGUUCUGACUUCUUCCACAUACCCCUUUCUUUUUAUUUACGCGUUUCUGGGUUUCUCUGCACAAAAUGACUGAUUCUAAGCUAUUGGUAUUUGGGUCGUUCUCUGAAGAUGAGACCAAGUCAUUGUUUCUAAAGCAAUCACCGGGGAAGCCGUCACCAGUGAAGGGUGGAAAGCCAGUGGAGACAAACGUAUUGCAGUUUGGUUCGAUAAAGUUUGAUAAAUCUUUAGUCAAGUUUAAUCGUGAGCAAAGUUGUUUACAAGUACCCAGGAAAGUGGAGUCUUUAAAUGAAAAUAAUAAGCACAAUGGAGUGAAGACUGCAGAAGCAGGAGAUGAUAAUUUAAUAGGAUCAGUAGAAAUUCCGAAACAGAAUGGGUAUGCUAAUCAUUACAAUCAGAUUUCUGCUCAUAGUAAUGGCGUGAAGGAGGUUACGACAACAGAUGACGUUGGUUUAUCUUCAUCACAUCUAUCCCAGAGUGAAGCAGGGUUCGCAAAUCAAUUUUCAAGUUUGGAAUUGCAGAAUAGAGAGCUGAAUGGUAGUGUUGGUGAUUUAUCACUCUCUAAUUCUAAGGGUGAACUCCAUAAGUUGUUGAACGGGCCUGCCACAAUCUCUGCAGUAUUGUUGCCUCGUGGUUUAAUCAACCCGGGAAAUCUCUGCUUUCUUAAUGCGACUCUGCAGGCUCUCCUAGCCUGUUCUCCUUUUGUGCAACUUAUUCAUGAAUUUAGAAAUCGCAAGAUCCCCAAGAUUGGCUAUCCCACACUGUGUGCAUUUUCUGAGUUUGUCUCUGAAUUCGACAUGCCUAGUUCAAGUUCAAAGAGUAAAGAUACAAGUUUUGUGGAAACGGGUAGGCCUUUUAGCCCUACCAUGUUUGAAGCUGUUCUUAAAGCUUUUACUCCAGAUGUACCAAGUACCAUAUCUGGUGGGCCAAGACAAGAAGAUGCUCAGGAGUUUCUUAGCUUCAUUAUGGAUCAGAUGCAUGAUGAGUUACUUAAGCUUGAAGGACAAUCCUCAUUCUUAAAUGGGAGCAAAUCGUCUAUUGUAUCUUCUGCAGAAGAAGAUGAAUGGGAGACAGUUGGCCCAAAAAAUAAAUCUGCAGUAACUAGAACACAGAGUUUUGUCCCUUCAGAAUUGAGUGAUAUUUUUGGAGGACAAUUAAACAGUACGGUGAGGGCAACAGGAAAUAAAGCUUCUGCUACUGUACAACCAUAUUUAUUGCUCCACCUUGAUAUUUAUCCUGAUGCUGUUCACUCUAUUGAAGAUGCACUUAGGUUGUUUUCUGCUCCGGAAACUCUUGAGGGAUAUCGAACAUCAGCUGCGGGCAAGGCUGGUGUUGUGAGUGCAAGUAAAUCAAUUAAAAUACAAAAGCUUUCAAAGAUAAUGAUUUUGCACCUGAUGCGUUUUGGUUAUGGAAGUCAAGGAAGCACCAAGUUGCAUAAGCCUGUGCACUUCCCACUCGAAUUUGUAUUCGGCCGUGAAUUACUUGUUUCUCCAACGUCUGAGGGUCGGAAAUACAAACUGGUUGCUACAAUUACUCAUCAUGGGAGGGACCCCUCCAAGGGGCAUUAUACAACUGAUGCUCUCUAUGCUAGUGGUCAGUGGCUCCGGUUUGAUGAUUCAUCUGUCACAGCAAUUGGGACCAAAAAAGUGCUGCAUGACCAGGCGUAUGUUCUUAUCUACAAGCAGUUGUAGGAGGACAACUGGGAUGAGUAUGGUGUUGCAUGACUGAAUGUAUUGUGUGCGAAGUUGGCCAUUCCCUCUUUAGAGACUCAUUACUAUCAUCGGUGUAAUAUAUGCAGUAGAUGUGAAGCAACCACUUGGGAUCAUCAUAUCUGGCUGUCUUAUGGGGUUGUAAUGAAUUCCCGUUACGUUCCCAUCUAUGAUCUAUUGGUGGCUAAAGAAAAUGACUACCAUAUGUAGAACCUUGAUGUUUCAGUGCAGCAGUUUUUUCAGGUAUUAUGAUGUAAUAUAUGGAAGGACGCUGCUGCUCUGCAAUUAUAUCCUUACGGAAUGCUUUCAUUGUAUACAACAAUCUUGAAUGUAUUUAGGGCUGUUCCCAUC